AUGAUUAUUACAAAGUAUUAAGUCCUAAUUUUUUUGGUGAUUAUAUUGGCCAACAAUUAAGAAAUUUCAUAGAAAUGUGUUUGUGGACAUGUUCGAAGUAAAGCUGAAUGCUAGCAAUCUGGAUUUUGUACUUGGUAAAAUGAAAGUUGUUUAUUAAACUAUGAACAAACAAAAAUAAAUUUAGAUGAGAAAAAAAUUGAUGAUUGUAAAUAUUUUGCAGAAGAUGAGUGCAGAGAAUAAUAUGAAUGUAGUUUUUAUUUGGGUUUUUGUGUAAACUUUGUAGAUUGUAACAUUUUCAACUAAGAUCAUUGUUAAUAAUCUUCAUAUAGAUGUGUGUCAGAUGGUAGAAAGUGUGUAGAAAAAUAAAAAUGUAGUGAUUAUAAAACAGAGAUAGGAUGUGCAAAUCAAAAUAAAGAUGGUGGUUAUUGUUUAUGGGUAUAAGAAAUGAAAGAUAAAUGUAGAGAUAUUUAGAAAUGUGAAGAACUUCCAAUAUAUUUUACAAAUCAUAUUAUGUGUUAAUAAGGUUUAGAUGGAUGUACUGUAAAUGAUAAAGGUUAUGGAUGUAUAAAUUAAAAAGACUAAUGUAUUGAAUACUAGAAUGAUUUUCAAUGUUUUUAAAGUAGAUAAAACAAAAAUAAUUGUUUUUGGGAUAAUAGAAAUAAAAAAUGUUUCGAAAAAAUUUGUGAAAAUAUACCAUUUACUUAAGAUUAUGAAUGUAAAUCAAUUUUGAGUGAAUGUACUACCAAUGGAAUUCAUUGUAUUUUAAGAAAAUAAUGUAGUGAUAUAUAGAAUAAAUUUGGUUGUAUUACUGAUAUUUAAGGAAAUAAAUGUGUAUUUCAUUAAAAUUAAUGUAAAAUAAAGAGAUGUGAUACAGCUCCAGAUACAUUUACAAAUUAUAAACAAUGUUAAGAUUAUGAUAAUUUUUUGGAUUGUGUUACUUCUGAAAAUGGAGGAUGUAAAUAGAGACCUAAUGAAUGUGAAGGUUAUGUUGGUUAAGAUGAUUGUAAAUCAAUAGAAUAACAAAAUUGUAUAUGGUUUAAUAAUAAAUGUGAAAAAAGAGGAUGUUAACAUGCUCCAGAUCAUUAUAAUAAAUAAGAUUGUAUAUAAUAUGGAAAUUGUAUAGAAAAAAUAGGUGGAGGAUGUUAAGUUAGACCAAAUAAUUGUGAAGAGAUUUUAUAAGAAUAAUAUUGUGAAUUUAAUUUUAAUCAAGAAAGAUGUAUUUGGUUAAAUGAUAGAUGUACAUUAUUAGAAUGUAAUAAAUUAAAACUACCAACUUAUUAAAAUCAUUAAAUGUGUUAAAAAGCUAGUUCAUUUUGCACAUUUAAUAUAGAGUAAUUUGGUUGUGCAGAUUAUAAAUGUGAAAAUAUUUCUGAAAUUGAAUAUUGUAAAAUUGAUUCAAUUGGAACAGUUUGUACAAUCAAUAAAGGAUGUAUUGAAAAAAAAUGUAAAACUGCUCCAAUAACUUAUAAUACUAAUUAAAAAUGUGAAGAAUGGUUACCAUAUUGUACUGUUAAUGUAUAAGUUUUACAAAAUUCAAAAAUAUUAAUUGGAUGUGUUAAUAAAUAUGAUAAAUGUGAAGAUGCACUUGAAUAAUAAUGUUAUUCUACAUUUUCAGGUAUUAAUUGUAAAUGGGAUAAUAUUAAUAAUAAAUGUCUUUAUCAAUUAUGCACAGAUGCAGAUCCUAAUAUAUAUUUAAAUAAUUAAGAUUGUAAAUCAUAUCAAGUUUUAGAGGGUAAUUGUAUAAUAGCAUCUUCUGGUUAGGGAUGUUAAGUUUGGCCAAAUAAUUGUGAUAAAUUGAUAAGUGAAAUUUAAUGUUAAUUAAAUCUAUAAGAUGGAACCAAAUGUUUCUGGACUGGUAGUGUAUGUAAAAUAUUAGAAUGUUCAGAUGCUUCUAUAAUUAAUUAUACUAAUAAUAUUGAAUGUAAUUCUUGGAUUGAUUAUUGUAUUUAUGAUUCAAUUUUAGGAGGAUGUAUGAAUAGACCUACUUCUAUAGAUUGUAUAUCAUCUCCUAAUGAUAUUAUGUAUGAUACACAUUAAGAAUGUUAAGCAUGGAAUCCUAAAUGUACUGUAGCUUCUUCAUUUUAAUCAAUAGGAUGUGAAUUAAAGAAAUAAAAUUGUUCUGAUUACAUUAGACAAAGAAAUUGUAAAACAAAUUUGAAUGGUUAAAAUUGUUAUUGGAGUGAUUCUAAUCAGCAAUGUUAUUUAGAAUCUUCUGAUAAUGAUUGUUAGAAGAGAAUUUAUGGAGAUUUAACACAUCAAGAUUGUGAAAACUUUUUAUCAAAGUGUACAGUAAAUCACAUUAUUAGUUCUUGUUAACCUCUUUCUUAUUAUUGUGAUUAUUUAUAUGAAUAACAAUGUGUAAUCACAAUGUUUUAAUAACCUUGCAAAUGGGAUAUAGUAAAUGGAUUAUGUAAAGAUAUAUUAUGUAAUGAAAAUAUAACAGCUUAAACAGAAGCUGAAUGUUUAAAUUUUAGAAAAUUUAAUUAAUGUCAAUUAACUAUUUAAUCUAAUGGUUCAUUAGGACCUGGAUGUGAGUCAAGACCAUAUAAUUGUGAAGAAGUUACUAAUCCUAUUAAAUGUAAAUUAACACUAACAAAAUGGAAUUAUAGAUGUUAUUUUUAUGAUAAUUAUUGUAGAGCUGUACUUUUUGAUAGAUGUGAAUUUAUUAAAGAUAGUAAAAGCAAUGAGUUUUGUCAAUUUUACCAUCCAUCCUGUAUUCUAUAACCAAGUGGAUAAGGAUGUUAUACUUUUGAAAAUUGCAAAUAUUUGUCUAGUAAACUUUGUAAUAGUGCAAAUACUAAAUACAAUUAUAAGUGUUAUUAUUAGGACUAUUGUCGUAUUGAUGAUAAAUGUUCUAAUAGAUACUUAUCAGAAAAUUUUUGUUAAGGCAAGAAAACCUCAUUAGGAUAAAUGUGUUACCUUCGCUCUUAGUGUUCUACUUCUUGUUAUUAAGGUUAUUGUGGUACUUAUUGUGAUUAUACUUGCGAAUUAUAAAUUGAAAAAAAGUAUCUUUCAUUUAAUUCAUUUGCAUCAUUUUCAGAAAAGAGUUAAGCAUGCUAAGAUUAUUCAUCAAAUUAUAAAUAUGAUACUUAUUGCAAUUGUUGUUAAGCAAUAACUUCAUGCAUUUAAUAAACUGGUGGAUAAUAAAUAUGUAAUAAUACAGUUGUUAAUUAAUAAUGUGGAUAUAAUUUCUCUAAUAAUAUUUGUGAAUCUAGAAUAUGCAGACAUUUAACUUAUACAAAUUAUUCUGUACUUACAGAUUAAAUUUGUUAUAAUUGGAUAUUUAAUUGUAUUCUUGAUAGUAUUGGUUGUACUAAUUAUACAGAUGAUUGUACAACGAUAAAAUUAAUUCAAUAAUGUUAUUAAUUUUCAUGUCAAUGGUAAGCUGGUAAAUGUGUAAAAUAUAUUGAUUGCCAAAUUAAUACAACAGCUGUUACAAAUUAUGAAUGCCUCUUAUUUAAUUCAUCAUAUUGUAGAUUAAAUUAUAUUAAAGGUUAAGGAUGCGCCUUUUAUAAUUGUGGUUAGAUUUACGACUAAACAAUAUGUAAUUAAUCAAAUCUUGUUGAUGGAUAAAAUUGUAUAUGGAUAAAUUAUUAAUGUAAGCAAAAAUUUUGUCCAGACUAUACAAUAGAAUCUGACUGUGAAAAUUCUUAUGGUUUUUAUGGGAAACAAGUAACUAAAUGUUUUUGGUGUAUACAUAAUACUAUAUAAUGCUCCAAUAACAAAUAUUGUAGUUUAAGUAGUUUAAGUUCUCCUUAAUCACAUUAAGAUUGUUAAAAUUAAAAUAUAGAAUACACUAUUUCUUUUUAAACAGAUUAUAAAUGCACAAUCAAAAAAUAAAAUUGCGAAUUUUACGAUUACAAAGAAGCUUGUGUUAAAACUUUUGAUGGUUUACUUUGUGAAUGGAUGUCUAAUUUAUGUGUAAAUAAGUGUUAAGCAAUUAAUAUAAAUCCAGCUGUAGACUAAGAUUGUUUUAAUUGGCAUUCUAAUUGUAUGUUAGAUCCACUCUCCAAAUGCAAACCCUUAAAUUGUUCAUUGUUAUUAUCGUAAGGUAACUGUAAUAUUUACUCUGAAAAAUGCUUUUGGAAUAAUGGAUCAUGCUAUGCUAUUAGUACUUGUAACGCAUAUUAGAAUGAUUUUGUAUGUUCAAAUACUUCAAAAAAUGCAUAAGGUAUUCCUUGUUUUUGGAAUAAUACAUAAUGUGUAGAAAAAACAUGUUCCAAUAAUCCUAAUACACCAUCAUCUCACUUAGAUUGUAGUAAUUGGCUUCCUAAUUGUUAUUAUGAUAUCCAAAUACAUUAAUGUAUUGAAGAUUGUACAACUGCUGAUAAUUCAUAUAUUACUCAUGAUUUAUGUGAAUCUUACUAUCAUAGCAAAAUUUGCACAGUAAAAUUAGAUGUAAUUUAAUGUGUUGAUCUUCCUAUUUCAUGUGAUUUAGCAUAAAAGUCAUAAUGUUAUAAAGAUAGAGAUGGAAACCAAUGCUACUUUUAAGUAUCAUAAAAUAGAUGCAUAGUUUUAACAUGUUCAAAUUUGGAAUCAGAUUUUACUAGUCAUGAUUAAUGUAACUAAAAAUUAUAAGAGUGUACAGUUAAUGAAACUUUGAAUGGAUGCUAAUAAUUGAAUAAUUGCAGUAGUUAUUUAAUUUAAGAAUAAUGUUAAAUUGAUUAAAAUAAUAUUUAAUGUGAAUGGAUUAAGAAUCAAAAUAAAUGUACUAUUAAGGAAUGCUCUACAGCCUAAUUGAUUGAAUAUACAGCAUAUAGUUGUCGUUAGUAUUAUGACGAUUAAUGUACUGUAAAUAUGAAUUUAGAUGGAUGUGAAAUUGGUUAAUCUUUUUGUAGAAAUUACAAUUAUAAAUAAUGUAUAAGUGAUGGUUAAAUUAAUUUAAAAGGAAUAAAUUGUUUCUGGAAUUAAGAGUAUAGUAGUUGUUAAGAAAAGAUAUGUGAAAAUGGACCAUCGACUAUUACAUCUCAUACUGAAUGUGCAAUCUUCCUUUCUACUUGUUAAAAAGGUGGUUGUCGUAUAAAAAAUUGUUUUGAUUACAAUUAUUCUAUGGACUCAGCUUGUGCAAAUAUAUUUGAAGACAAAAGAUGUGUAACAAAUGGAUAUUAAUGUAUUUUAAGAAAGGCUUGUGAAGAUGUAAAUAUAAGUGAUGGAUGUACAUUUGAUAUUAAUUUAAAUCCUUGUGUUUGGAUUGAUGAUAAAUGUUAUACUAAAACCUGUGAAACUGCAUAGCUUUCAAUUACUACAUAUAAGGAAUGUAAUUCAUAUUUGAAAAUUUGUACAGUUAAAUAAGAUGGAGGAUGCACUAAAAAGCAGAGUUGUAAGGAUUACUUAAUUCAAGAAGCUUGUUAAACUGAUAGUCAGAAUUUUGAAUGUAUUUGGGAUAUCCAUCUAAAUUAAUGUUUUUCCAAUUAAUGUAUCCCAUUUUGUGGUGAUGGUAUUCUUACAGGUUAGGAGGAAUAAUGUGAUGAUGGCAAUUAUUUACCAUAUGAUGGUUGUUAUAAAUGUACAGUUCAUUGUCCAUAGGGAUGUAAUAUUUGUAUUGGCAAAUAAUGUUAGGAAUGUUAUUAGAAUGGAUGGUAAUUGGUUGAAGGUAUUUGUAAAUCAAAAUGUGGAGAUGGUUAUGUAAGAGGUAAUGAAUUAUGUGAUGAUGGAAAUGAUAUUCCAUAUGAUGGAUGUUUUUAAUGUACUUAUUAGUGUCAUCAGAAAUGUGUUGAUUGUUAUUAAGGAUAAUGUAUUUAAUGUGAAAUUGGAUAUGUAGAAGAUGGACCUUUAUGUUAUAAUAUUUGUGGAGAUGGAUAUUUUGUAGAUAUAUUAGAAUAAUGUGAUGAUGGAAACCUUUAAAAUAAUGAUGGGUGUAAUGAAAAUUGUUUGGUUGAAAUAAAUUGGCAAUGUUAAACAGAAUAUGAAAUUAGUUUUUGUUUUUACUAAAUUCUACCUAAAAUAAUUCUAACUAGAUUAUCAAAAACAGAUACAAGUAUUCAAGAGUUUAAAUUAUCAUUUUCUGAAUUAGUAUCUUUAAAUUAAAAAGGUAUAAAUGAAGAAUAAUUUCUAUAGUUGAUUUUUAUAGAAAUUAUAAAUGCCUAAUCUAAUGAAUAUGAAAUUGAAAUCAAAUCAAUUAUUUCUAUUUCUACAUAAUUGGCAGAUGUAGCUUAUAAAAUAAUUGUCAAUUUUAAAACUAAUGUUUAAAAUCCUAUUUUAAAAGUUGAAUUAUAAAGUGAUAAUAUAGUAAAUCACUAAGGCAAUACCUUAUUCUCAAAAGAAGUAAAAUUACCAUUCAGGUCUCCUUACAAGAUCUCAGAUGAACAAUAAUAACUUAUGUCUAAGACUUCCAUAUUUAGUAAAUUAAUAUUGUAUAUCAUCAUUAGUAUAAGUGGAAUAUCUUUUUUAUUUGGUAAUUUAGAAAUUUUAUGGAAUGUUCUUGAUAUGCUUUAAUAAUUAUCUUAUAUGAAAUUUCACAAUAUUUAAUUUCCAGAAAACUUAUAAAUGUAUUUUGAAAUCUUUACUAUUGGUUCAUUUACUCCAAUCAUUGAUUAAUUGUAAAUAGAUCAAAAAUUACAAAAUAUAUUUAAUUUUUAACCUCCAAUUAUUUUUGCUAAAUGGAAAUUUGAAUUCUAUUAAAUUAAUUUAAACUUUUUGGAAUAUUUUUAAACAUUUGUAAUUAUGAUGAUAAUUGGAUUUACUUAUUUAAUAAUGUCUUAUAUAAUUUAUAAAAUUUUAAUACUUUUUAAAUAUUAAAAUUGGCCAACAAUUUAUCAAAAAGAUUUUUUAUUUAAAAUAGUUAAAUUGAUAUUUUUAAUUUAGAGUAUUGCACGAAAAUAUUAUUAAUAUUUUAUAUACUCUGGAAUUAUUAGAAUUUAUACAUCAAAUUUUUAUGAAUUAACCUUUGCAUCUAUUUUAUAGAUUGUAAAUUUUAAUACAUCAACUACUACAAAUAAAAUUACUUCAUAUUUAGCUCUUUUUGUAUUUAUUAGUAAUUUAUUUGUGAUUGCCCAAUUGUUCUAUUAUCUUAGCAUAAAAAACAGAAUUGCUAAAAAUUUAUCAGUGUUGGUAGAGGGAAUUAAGAAUUAAGCAAAAUAAGGAGCUAAAUAAUACUUUACAAUAUUGUUGAUGAAAAAAACCUUAUUUAUCAUAAAUUUAGUUGUUUUUUAAGGUCUUAUGGGAAUUUAAAGCCUAAUUACUGCUUGUCUAUCUGGAAUAUUCUCCUGUUAUUGUUAUAUCUAUAAGCCUUUUGAGAAUAAUUUUGAAAAUAUUAAAAUUAUUAUUAUAGAAGUACUAAUUAUGUUGAAUGCUCUUUUUUUUUCUGUAUAUGAAAUUUUGCAAUUUAAACAAGAUAAAGAGUUAGCUUAAAAUUUAGGUUGGAUUAAUAUAAUUGGUUUCACCCUUAUUCUUAUUUUAACCUUAGCAAUUGAUAUUUAUCAAUAGGUUUUAAAAUAUAGGAAAAUAGUGAUUGAUAAAGUCAGGCUUUUUUUAGGAAUCAAUCAAAAUGUAUCAAAGAAAUCAGUAAAACUGUUUUUUUGA